AUGUCUGAAAAGGAAGUUCACGAUCCUGUUGCUGAAAAGGCACCAGCUGUUGCACCAGCAAACGCUGAAUCCGAUGACGAAGAAGAGGAUAUUGACGAAUUAGUCAUGGAAUUGCAAUCCCAUCACCAUCAUGCUGCUGGUGAAGGUGACGAUGACGAAGAUUCUGAUGAAGAAGUUUCUGGCUCAUACACUGAAGUUCCAGAAGAAUAUUUACAAACUGACAUUAAUACUGGUUUGUCUUCUGCUGAAGUUCAAAAGAGAAGAAAGAAGUUUGGUCUUAACCAAAUGUCUGAAGAACAAGAAAACUUGAUUCUGAAGUUUUGUAUGUUCUUUAUUGGUCCAAUUCAAUUCGUUAUGGAAGCUGCAGCUAUUUUAGCCUGUGGUUUAGAAGAUUGGGUCGAUUUCGGUGUUAUUUGUGGUUUAUUGAUGCUUAAUGCUGCUGUUGGUUUCAUUCAAGAAUAUCAAGCAGGUUCUAUUGUUGAUGAAUUGAAGAAAACUUUAGCAAACACUGCUAUUUGUUUAAGAGAUGGUCAAAGAGUUGAUGUUCCAGCUAAUGAAGUUGUUCCAGGUGAUAUCUUGUAUGUUGAAGAUGGUACUGUCAUUCCAGCUGAUGGUAAGUUGGUUUCUCCAGACUGUUUUCUUCAAGUUGAUCAAUCCGCUAUUACUGGUGAAUCUUUAGCUGUUGAUAAGCAUUGUAAUGAUCCAACCUUCUCUUCUUCCACUGUCAAGAGAGGUGAAGGUUACAUGAUUGUUACUGCUACUGGUGAUAACACUUUUGUUGGUAGAGCUGCUGCUUUAGUUAACAAGGCUUCUGGUGGUCAAGGUCACUUUACUGAAGUUUUGAAUGGUAUUGGUACUCUUUUAUUAGUUUUGGUUAUUCUUACCUUGUUACCAGUUUGGGCUGCAUGUUUCUACAGAUCUGACCCAAUUGUUAGAAUUUUAAGAUACUCUUUAGCAAUUACCAUUAUUGGUGUUCCAGUUGGUUUGCCAGCUGUUGUUACUACUACCAUGGCUGUUGGUGCAGCUUACUUGGCUAAGAAGCAAGCUAUUGUUCAAAAGUUAUCUGCUAUUGAAUCCUUGGCUGGUGUUGAAAUCUUGUGUUCUGAUAAGACUGGUACUUUAACCAAGAACAAGUUAUCUUUACACGAACCAUACACUGUUGCAGGUGUUGAACCAGAUGACUUGAUGUUGACUGCAUGUUUGGCUGCUUCUAGAAAGAAGAAGGGUUUAGAUGCAAUUGAUAAGGCUUUCUUGAAAUCUUUAAUUAACUAUCCAAAGGCUAGAGCUGCAAUGAAGGAAUACAAGACUAUUGAAUUCCAACCAUUCGAUCCAGUUUCUAAGAAGGUUACUGCUAUUGUUGAAUCUCCAGAAGGUGAAACUAUUAUUUGUGUUAAAGGUGCUCCAUUAUUCGUUUUAAAGACUGUUGCUGAAGACCAUCCUAUUCCAGAAGAUAUUCUUGAAGCUUAUCAAAAUAAGGUUGAGGAAUUUGCUUCUAGAGGUUUCAGAUCUUUAGGUGUUGCAAGAAAGAGAGGUGAAGGUCAUUGGGAAAUCUUGGGUAUUAUGCCAUGUAUGGAUCCUCCAAGAGAUGAUACUGCUGCUACCGUUGCUGAAGCAAGAAGAUUAGGUUUAAGAGUCAAGAUGUUAACUGGUGAUGCUGUUGGUAUUGCUAAGGAAACAUGUAGACAAUUAGGUUUAGGUGAUCAAAUUUUUGAUGCUGAAAGAUUAGGUUUAGGCGGUGGUGGUGACAUGGCAGGUUCUGAAUUGUACGAUUUCGUUGAAAAUGCAGAUGGUUUUGCUGAAGUUUUCCCACAACACAAGUAUAAUGUCGUUGAAAUCUUGCAAGAAAGAGGUUAUUUAGUUGCUAUGACUGGUGAUGGUGUCAAUGAUGCCCCAUCUUUAAAGAAGGCUGAUACCGGUAUUGCCGUCGAAGGUGCUUCUGAUGCUGCAAGAUCUGCUGCUGAUAUUGUUUUCCUUGCUCCAGGUUUAUCUGCUAUUAUUGAUGCUUUGAAGACCUCCAGACAAAUUUUCCACAGAAUGUACUCUUAUGUUGUUUACAGAAUUGCAUUGUCUUUACACUUGGAAAUUUUCUUAGGUUUAUGGAUUGUUAUUCUUGAUGAAUCUUUGAACAUUGACUUAGUUGUUUUCAUUGCUAUUUUCGCUGAUGUUGCUACUCUUGCUAUUGCUUAUGAUAAUGCUCCAUAUGCUCCAAAGCCUGUUAAGUGGAACUUACCAAGAUUAUGGGGUAUGUCUAUUAUCUUAGGUAUCUUCUUAGCUAUUGGUACUUGGAUUACUUUAACUACCAUGUUCUUGCCAAAGGGUGGUAUUAUCCAAAACUUUGGUUCUAUUGAUGGUGUUCUUUUCUUGCAAAUUUCUUUGACUGAAAACUGGUUGAUUUUCAUUACUAGAGCUGCUGGUCCAUUCUGGUCUUCUAUUCCAUCAUGGCAAUUAUCUGGUGCAGUUUUGAUUGUUGAUAUCAUUGCUACCUGUUUCACCUUAUUCGGCUGGUGGUCUCAAAACUGGAACGACAUUGUUACUGUCGUUAGAGUCUGGAUUUGGUCUUUUGGUACCUUCUGUGUCUUGGGUGGUGCGUACUACGUGAUGUCUGAAUCUGAAAAAUUCGACAGAUUGAUGAACGGUAAGCCAAUGAAGAAGAAGGAAGACAACAGAUCUUUCGAAGAUUUCGUUGCUGCAAUGAAGAGAGUUUCCACUCAACAUGAAAAGUCAACCUAA